UCAGUUGUCACCACCACCACUCACCAGCGACGGAGCAUUUCCACAAACACCACACCGUCAACCGUCACAGCGCAAUGCAGGUAGCUUCAGGAACCACUGAACGGUGGUUGAGGACAAUAACCGGUUGCUCCAACCGCCACUGGCACCACCACUCCCUCCGAUGGAUGACAACCAGCAAGAGAGUCCAAGACCGGAGCAAGAAGAAGAGGGUUCACGAGCUCGAAGAAGCAACAGAGAAAUGGAAGAUAGUCUCCAAAAUCGUCUUCCUCAUGGAGCUUCUCAAGCAGGAACCCGAGAUGGUAACCCCCAUUCGCACCCUCGAACAGUACCGCAAGCAGAUCAACCUCCCCAAACCGCACCGCGUCUCCGAUUUCCUCCGCAAGACGCCGAAGCUCUUCGAACUGUACCAGGACCGGAAGGGAACGUGGUGGUGCGGGUUGACUGAGAGAGCAGAGAAUUUGAUGGAAGAACACGAAAGGGUCGUCGAGGAAAAUGCGGAUAAAGCUGCUGAACAUGUUACUAGGGUUUUGAUGAUGUCGCUGGAUAAACGGCUUCCGGUGGAUAAGAUUGCGCAUUUCCGGCGAGAUUUUGGGUUGCCGAUGGAUUUCAGAACACGCUGGGUGAACCAGUAUCCUGAGCUUUUCAAAUUGGUGAAGUCUCUUGAUGAUGGGGUUGAGUUUUUGGAGCUGGUUUCUUGGAACCCUAAUUGGGCAAUCACUGAGCUUGAGAAGAAGGUAGCUGGAAACGAAAACGAAAGCGGCGAAAGCGCGAAUUCGCAUACACCUGGUGUGCUAUCUCUGCCAUUUCCUUUGAAAUUUCCUGAGAAUUACAAGAGGGUGCAUCGAUAUUACAAGGAACAGAUUCAGCUUUUUCAGGAGAGGUCUUAUUUGUCUCCAUAUGCUGAUGCAAGGGGUCUUAAGGCAGGGUCUAAGGAAUUUGAUAAGAGGGCUGUUGCUGUUAUGCAUGAAAUGCUGAGUUUCACCAUUGAGAAGAGGCUGGUGACGGAUCACCUCACGCAUUUUCGUUGGGAAAUGGUGAUGCCUCAGAAGCUGAUGAGGCUUCUGCUGAAGCAUUGUGGUAUCUUCUAUGUUUCGGAGAGGGGGAAGAGGUUUAGUGUGUUUUUGACUGAAGGUUAUGAUGGUUCGGAGUUGAUUGAGAAAUGCCCCUUGGUGCUAUGGAAGGAUAAGGUCUUGAGUCUUGUUGGUUAUAGAGGGAGGAAGAAGAAGUUUGAGACAUGCAGUGACGAGGAGGAAGAUGAUGUGGAGGAAGAUGAUGGUGGUUUGCGUUUGCCCGAAAGUGAUUCUGAAGAUGAGAGGUUGCACGUGCAGCUUGAGCAACAGGGUACCAUGGACUUUGAGGAUCCUUUAGUUGAGGACAAUUCGGAGAUGGAUGUUCGAGAGAUUAACUGAGCAUAUGAAUUUUUUUAACCUUCUUGAGGUCGGAGCAGUGUUGUUAAAUAUCCGCUAUGGCGACCCAAUGGCUGAAUUCUAGCAAGCCGCCAUGGCUGAUAUUCUGCCAUAAUCUGCCAUAGGCCAUCAGUAUUUUUCAAAUGUGUCUGUUUUUGGCUUUCCGCUAUUAACAACACUGGGUUGGAGUGGAGUUAUAUUUCAAUUUGAACUUCAAUGUCCUCUGGAGCAUGCAAUUUUUUAUACCUUAAUGUAAAUCAAUUUUGAGUAUUGCUUUAAUUGGUAGGUAAGUCUCAGAUAACCUUGUAAACCUGCCAUAUUUUCAACGUGAGUGAUAUGCUUCUUUGGAAGGUAAGUCUUACAAAACAAACUAGAUAACUUUUAUGCAUGAAGUUCUAUACCAAAAAAGAUUAUCCUUGUAGCUGCAUUAUGGGAGUGAAAAGCUUAUUUGUAAACAUUUGGACAGAAGAAAACCAUGACAACAUGGUUAUGAAAACUAAACAAGUUUAGCUGAAAUUAAAUAGGCAGUGACACAUUAGGGAGAACAAGUAGAUGCAUCUUUAUCAAAAAAACUUAAACUGGUUCUUGUCCCUAAUGUUACAGGACACGAAUAUUUAUUUUGGGUGAUUGUACUGGAUGAGUUUAUAGUGGUGUUCAUAACCAGACUUGAUUAUGCGGGGCAGGUGAUGUUUUCUGCAUGUUACCUGGUGUGAUUGUUUGAAACUCUGUUUACAAACUGUCUCUUGUUGGUUUGAGUGUUUAUAAUGAAACUGCAUUGGUCCUGUCCUAACUUAAUUGAGGAUCCUUAAUCCUUUUCCUUUUAUCUUAAUGCUUUGAAGAUGUUUUCGUGCUUAUUGUUAUGUCUAUUGUCUCUAGGUACCCUUACCAUCCACUUGUAUAUUUAAGCAAUGUAGAUCAGCUACUCAAGACGAUCAUUAUCUCAAUCACAUUUGAGGCCAGUAUCCUGAUUUGUUAUAUUCUGUUGAACAUUCAUGAUAAGCCUACAAGUCUAGGGUGUUAAAUCCGGGCUAACAGAUACACUCUCCAAAGCCACCUUGUCCACCAUUGACUCUGUCAUACAUGGAGGUGACCGUACAUUGGGGCCUGCAAUUCAGACACGAACUACUGUGCACAGUUCAAGCUGUCUAUCACUGUCAAAGGUUAUGAAUGAAGCUCCACCGUUUCCCCAAGGCAGAUAGAUGGAUUCAUCACGACUCAUAAGUGCCUCAUCUGCAUUGCCUCAUUCUUUUACUAGGCUUUGUUUGUUGUAACAACUUCUUAAAUAUGCCUGUUGUGGAAUAGUGAUCACAUAACCUUAGCUAGUUUUGUGCCAAAUUAUUAUUAUUGUUAUCUUUUGUAAACUCUGAUCACUUAUGAUCUUAUACUUAAAAGGGCUUGAUUGGGAGUUGCAUCACCAUUCACUGCCAUAUUCAUGUCCCUUAAGAACUAUGGCUUUGAUUUCUGGCCUAAAACUUUCUGUAAUGUGAAAUUCCAUGCUUGUGAUGUGACAGUAUGUUUGGUUUCAAGUUGAAA